AUGGAUUAAAUAUAAUAAAAAACAAUUGACGAAGCACAAUAAUCAUUAGAAGAAAUAGCUAAGUUAUGCAAUUAAUAAUUAGAGAAUCCACCAGAUGAAGGAUAUAAGGAAUCACAAAUUUUAUUGAUACGCCAUGGUUUUUCAGAAUAUAAUUAUUCUAUAGAUACAUAUCAUAGAUAGCAUGACUAAAAAAAUAUCCAUACUGAAGAAUGUAGAUCAAUCAGAUUAAAUGUUAAUGACAUCGAUACACCUCUUCAUCCUAUAGGUAUAGAAUAGGCUAAGAAUUCUUAAAAAUAUGUUAAUGAUUUAGAUGUUCACACUGUUUUUAUUUCACCAUUGUUCAGAACUUUGCAAACAGCAGAUUUACUUUUUGCUAAUCAUCCACAAAAGCAUUUAAUAAAGUAUAUAGUUUUACCUGAAUUAUCUGAAGGACUCUGCUUCAGCUGCUCCUUUGCUCCUCUAGCUUUCUCUGAUAUUAGAAAAAAUUAAUUCAAUAAUUUUGAUUUUUCUCUAGGUUAAAAAUUCAGUUAGAAACCUGCUUGGCAAAUUGAAUAGAUUGCAUGUUAAGAUACUAUGUCUCGUAUGCAAGAAAAAAUAAAAGAUAUUCACGAUCAAGAUAAAUUAUCAGAAAUUUAUUUAUAAGAAUUAGAUAGUUUAUAUCCAAGUUAUAUUGAAACACAUGAUCAUUUAUGGAUCCGUGCUUAAUAAGCUAGAAAGUAUAUUGAAGAAUAUCAAAAAACAGUUCCUAAAGAUAAAAAAAUAAUUAUUGUUUCUCAUUAUAUCUUAGGUCUAUUUUUAACUAGCUCAAAAAGAUCAGAAAGUUUCCAUGAUAUGGAUGGAGUUAGAUGCAAAAAUUCUAAAUUAAUUCCUUGGAAAAUAUGA